AUGCAGCGAGAUCUAUUGGCUGCCAAGCGGAGCAACUGGGGAUCCGGCUCGAACCGAUCACAGACACCGGUGCGGCCUCCGUUGGGACCCUCUGCGAAGGGGCGGUCUAAUUCAGCGUCAAGCUCGCCUUCGCCUUGCGGGCCUCCGUCGCCCGGUGGCGAGGCAGUGAACGUCGCGGUGCGUGUGCGACCGCCAUUCACCAGCGAGUCUGGGCAAGAGGUAAUCGUCUCGAUGGAUCCAUCCCUCAAGGCUGUGUACGUCAAGAACAGGAUGGACGAGCGGCAGGCGUUCCACGUCGACAUGCCGGUGUGGUCCUGCGUCGGAACAGCAAUAGAUGGCUCCGCCCCGGUGUCGCAGGCUGCCUUGUACGAGGCGGUUGGGCGUCCACUGCUGCACCACGCACUUGAGGGUUUCAACAGCACGCUGAUGGCGUAUGGGCAGACGGGCAGUGGAAAAACAUACACAAUGAUGGGUGAUGCUAGCCGAAAUUUGAUGACCGAUAAUGACGAUGUCCUCAACAAGACUGAGGAGGGUAUCAUUCCCCGACUCUGCCGGGAUAUGUUCCAGCAGAUUCAGAAUCGCUCCUUCAGUGGAGAGUCAGGUGAGACCGUGAGCUGGGAGGUGCACGUCUCCUUCGUGGAAGUGUACUGUGAAAAAAUAAGCGACUUGCUUAACCACAGCGCACCGGUUACUCUGCGGGAUGAGAUUGUCGACGACGAGACAUACUUCUCACUUGUCGGGGCACGUCACAUUCCAGUGACGUGUACACAAGACAUUUUGAAGGCUCUGAAUAUUGGCAACAAGUGCAGAAAGACCGCGUCCACAUCUAUGAAUGAGCGCAGUAGCCGUAGCCACGCCAUCUUUGUUGUGGAACUUGCCGAGAUUGUGUCCUUUACAAACCCAGAGGGCGAAGUGGCAAGUGCGCCGAGCAAAAGCCUCGCCAUCCGUCUUGUCGAUUUGGCUGGCAGUGAGCGAGUUGGUGAAACAGGCGUUUCGGGGCAGCAGUUCAAAGAGGGUGUGGAUAUUAACUUGUCAUUGUUCACCCUUGGCUUGGUAAUCGAGUCCCUAGCCGACCCCAAGCGGCGCAACGCCAAGCCACCCUACCGUGAGAGCACGCUCACAAAGAUUCUGAAGGAUGCUUUUGGUGGAAACAGCAAAACAACAAUGAUAUGCACUAUUUCCCCGACAGAGGCUUACCGCCAGCAGACGAUACAGACACUGAUGUACGGUUCAAAAGCUCGGCGUGUUGUGAAUAAGCCGCACGUGGAAGAAAACCCGUCUGCAGCUGUGCUUCGCAGGGCGACCGAAGAACUGCUGGUCCUGCGUCAGCAACUUAACGAGGCGAGACGUGGCAGUCGGCAGUAUCAAGAUAUUGUCCAGCGUCUGACGCAGGCCGAUGAACGGCUUCGGCAGGAGCAGGAGAUCUCGCGUCGCCGCAAGGCAGUCCUCGAGAAGAAGGAGGCGGAGCUAGCAGAGCGUUACCGCAAAAUGGAGGAGGAGCGGCAGGCCUACGACAACAGAGUACAAGAACUGGGGGCGGAGGUGGAACGCGCCAAGGUGAAGCAGAAAGAGCGGGAGCGGGAGUUGCACAAGGAGCGUCGCAGGGCCGAGGCGGUUGCGGAGGGACGCCUGCGUGAACUCGAGAGCCAGCACGAGACUGCGAUGUCUCAAUUCAAAUGCAAAGAAGAGGAGCUGAUGCGCAAGAAGCAGGACACCGAGGAGCGAAUGAAGCAGGUGGAACGUGACAUGAGUCAACGUAUCGAAGGACUUCUCCGCGCCGGGAGCGACCUGGAGGAAGAGCUGCGCGAGAAGAAGCGUGCGUCGAAGAAGCUUGAAGAUGAACUGACGGAACUCAGACGCCACUCUGAAAAAGAGACACGGAAGCUGCAAGAGCAAAUUAUUCAGAACGACAAGGAAUGGGGAUCCAAGUACAAGACGUUGCAGGAGGAACUACAGCAACAAGAGAAGGAGGCCAACGCACGCCUUGGCGAGGCACUACAGGCGCGAAAGGAAUUGGACUUGUUGCAGCGCGAUAAGGCAGCAGAGGCUGAAACCCGCCAGAAGGAGGCGACAAUGGCCAUUCGAAGCAGGGAAAUCGUCAUAGAACAGCUCGAGAAAGAAAUGAAACAAAUGUCAAAGCAGCUAGAGGAUCAGACCAGCACACAGAGUCUAUACGCAAAGCAGGUUGAGUCCGAUUUCACAAGAAAAAUCAGUGAAAUGGAGGAAACUGCCACCCGGGAGCGACGCGCCGCACAGCGCCUCCAGGACGAGCUGCAGCGCGCCCUUGACCGCCUCAGCUCUAAAGAGCCGCAGCAUGACGGAACAGAAGGUGACCUGAAUGAGGGGGAGGAAAAGCAAGGCCGUGCGCUGUCGGAAAAGGCGCUUGUCGAGUGGGAGGCUCUGCUGAAGCAGCGGGAGGCCAAUAUCGCCGAGCGGGAGCGCGAGCUGGAGCAGCAGUGGCAAGAUCACAUGCGCGCCUGCGAUGAGAGCCAGCGCGCUGUCGCCGACGCUGUUGUGGAGGUGCGCACACGCAGCGAGGCGGCAGCAGCACUCGAGGCGGACCUCAAGGCGCGCUUCGCAACUAUCGACGGCGACGCGGAGAACCUCGCGGCGUGCCUGCAGCUGGGCGAAAAUGCGCUGAAGCGACGCGAGGUGUGGGACAUCGAGUCGUUGGAGGAGCAAAGGCGAGAGCUGCUCCGGGGGUCAGAAGAAAACGACGUGCGCCUCAUCAGGCGACAGAUGCAGCUCGACAAGCAAGAGAUCUUCUUGAAGGACCGUGAAAAGAAACUCAAGGGCGCGCUGCAGAAUGCGAGGACGAUGGCAAAGUCGUCCCAGUGGAUGCAGUCGAUGAUCGUCAAAAUGGAGGACCGCUGUCGCAAGCUUCUCGUGGCAACACGCCGGCGUGAAUGCGACCUCAUGAAGCAGCUCGAAGUCGCCACACGAAAAUUAUGCAGUGUCGAUGCCCACUCUAAGGUAGUGGAGAUUGUGUUGAGCGGCGAGGCGGCAGUAGCACGCCAAGCAGAGCUGCAGCUGCGCGAAGAGGGCCUUGUUGAGGAGGAAAGGCGCCUCACACACCGUAUUGCUGAGUUCGAGGCGCUGCAGCGCAAGCGCGAGGAGGAUUUCCGUCGGAAGGAUGAGAAGGUAAAGUUGUACCUGCUCGAGUUAGAAGUAAUGGACCGUGAGAAGAUGGAGACGUACCGCCGCCUGGAAGAGGAGCUUGCGGCUGCACGCGCAGAGCUGCUGCACCGCAAACGCACGCUUGCAGAUUACGUCGGCCACGCACGUCAGAUGCUGCUGCAGCGCUCCGAGGAGCAGCAAGCCGACUUCGUUGCCGGGCAGGAAGUUGCGGAGCGAGAGUCCAUCGAGCGGACUUUCCACCUGCAGGACGAGCUGGAGCUGUGCCGCGGUGCCGUUGAGGGCAACGUGAACAGCGCACAAGAGUUGCUGCGUCUCAAGGAGAAUGAAAUAAAGGCGGAGGCUAAGCGCUUACAGCACUGCAUAGAGCGGCUGCGGGACGACGAGACCCGCCGCCAGAAACGUAUCGCUGCUGAGGAGAAACAGACACACGCUUACCUGCUCGAGCUAGAGGAGGAGGAUGCUCGCCGCACACGCCUCGCAAAGGAGGAGGGUGGGCAGCUGCUGCGCGAGGCGGAGGCAUACCGCGAUGAAGUACAGAAACGGGAGGCGGCACUAGAGGAGUAUUCUCGCCAACUUCAGAGCGAGGCGGCCGAGCGCGAGAACAAGCUGCAGCAGUUGGAGGAGCGCCUGUUCCAACAGCAAGAGGAGGCGGAGCGGCGACUGCAGGAACGCACCGCGGAUAUUGAUCGCCGCCGCCACGAGGCCUCCACCGUGGCGGAAGACAACGAGCGCACGCUGAAGGAACAGGAGGCUGAUCUGACGGCGCUGCUCGAGAAGAACAAAGCAGUGGAGAAACAAAUCAAGGAGCGUGACGCCGAGUUGCAGCGUCAGCGCUAUCACUACAUAGAUCUUCGGAAGCUGCUCGAAGAACGUGAGAAACUCCUACUUCGGGAACAUGCACACCGCAUGAAUGGCAAGGAGAGUGCGACACAGCUCACCGACGACCUCCUCGACGUGAACGAGCUCCUUAAGCAUGAGCUGAAGAUGUGGAUGCAGAAGUAUGAUGUGCUGAAGACCGACGAGAAGUUGGAGUGCGAGCGAUGCUCAUGGCGGAACAAGCGUGACGCCACGGUUUGUCGUUGCUGCGGCAAUUCUCAGUUGGUUUAG